CUACACUCCUCAUCCCCUCCGCUCUCUCUCUGGAAGCACAUUGUUCAACGCGGUCACAUUAUAGGACCCAGGACCAAUGAAUGCCUUGGCGCAGUUUAGCUACUGAAAAUUAGUUUCUUACAUUGAGUCGGACGCAGAUACCUGAAGACAGCGGGAAGGAGACCCGGAACAUUUCCCCCCCCCCCCGAUUUCUGCUGAGAAGCAAAAACAAUUGAAAGAUUUCUUCUUCCUCUCCGGUAGAAACGUCGCUCCUGUCGCCAGUAGACCCCUGCUUGUUCAGCGGUGUGAGUGUGUGGUUGAGCUGCAGCGGCAAACAUGACGGAGUAUAAGCUGGUGGUGGUGGGAGCUGGAGGCGUGGGCAAGAGUGCACUCACAAUCCAGCUGAUCCAGAACCACUUUGUGGAUGAAUAUGACCCCACCAUAGAGGACUCGUACAGGAAGCAGGUGGUGAUAGAUGGGGAGACCUGCCUGUUGGACAUUCUGGACACUGCAGGUCAGGAGGAGUACAGCGCCAUGAGAGAUCAGUACAUGAGGACGGGGGAGGGCUUCCUAUGUGUCUUCGCCAUCAACAAUACCAAGUCGUUCGAAGAUAUUCACCAAUACAGAGAACAGAUUAAACGUGUGAAAGACUCCGAUGAUGUUCCCAUGGUGCUUGUGGGAAACAAAUGUGACCUCCCCGCACGCACGGUUGACACAAGGCAAGCCCAAGAGCUUGCUCGCUCCUAUGGCAUCCCCUAUAUCGAGACCUCUGCCAAAACACGACAGGGAGUUGAGGACGCCUUCUACACACUGGUUAGAGAGAUCAGGCAGCAUAAGCUGAGGAAGUUGAAUCCACCCGAUGAGAGCGGUCAGGACUGUAUGAGCUGUCGCUGUGUGGUAUCGUGAUGCAGCUCACUGCCACACGUUGAGGAGAAAUGCUACAGUGCAAAGUGGCAGCAUGGACUUACGGACUGAAAGAUGAAACAACUCAAUGAUGAAACAUAAACUUUUCCAACAAAAGAGGAUGAUUGAAGCAAAAGCUCUGACACAAACCACCAGGGCUGACUGAACUAUAGACUUAUAUGGAAAGGAGAAUAUUGGAGUGUUGCCUAAGUGACUAGCAGAACUAGCCUGGUCUGGUCCCUUCUUUUUUGUUGGUCCACAUCGACCUGUGAGCAACACCACUGAUGACUCUUUGUCAACUGAAAUGUGGUGUCGCUGGGUAGCUCUACAAUUUUCAUGUUAACUUAUUGUUUUCAGUCUCAACACUGGUUAUUGGGGGGGUAUCUCACCACCACCCUCCUUGAAAGCCUAAUUCCACCCCCCACCCCCACCUAGCUGCUGGAAAGACUGACUGACUUCAAUGGAAAGGACUGGAAUGGACUUUCAGUUAACCCAACACCUCUCAUGCUAACCCACCCCAUUCCUGCUUCACUCUACCUGCCUUUGGUUUCCUUUGAAUGGCAAUGAAAUCCCUUUGCUCUCCUGGGUACCGGGGGUGGAGGCUAAGAUGGGAAAGACUAAUUUUUUGUUGUUGUUGUUUAACAAUUAGCCAACCUGUAAAAAAAAAAAAAUCUUUGAUUUUGUAUUUGAUAUGGAACAUUUAUUUGUGAUUGGCAGUUUUUAAAGUGUUUAUUUCAACUGGCGACUGGUUUGGCAUUUUUGUUGCCCUGCCUGAGGUAGUUAAAGUUCCUUUUAAACUAGAUAUCUUGAAUGGAGAAUAUAUAGAUAGAUCGCUUCCCAGAAUGCAGCUGCCUUCUCUUUACUGAAGUUCAUUGCGAGUUGUCUUGUGGAAUAAUAAUAGUAAUGAUUAGUGUACGUAGAUUCUGGUGCAAUAGAAUAAUUUACUUUCCAAAUUACAAAGUAUUGGGAAUAAACCCUCUGUCACGACUACUCAUUUUUCUGUUUUACUUUUGUUUAAGAACGGGAGGUACAGUGCAUGAAAAUGUAGUUGUUGUUAUCUUUGCAGUUGCAAAAGCAGGAUAGGUUGCCUGUAGAAUGGGAUAAAUACCCUAGCCAGUUGAUUUUUUUUCCUGCAUUUCAUUUUGGUAACUGUAGAGUGUACAACUUUUGUUUACUACAUGAUAAUAACAUCUAUUUUUAAAGAAUCACUCCUUGUGGACAAUAAGGCUCAGGAAUUGGUGUCCAGGAGGAUAUUUAUCAGUCCAGGAAACCAGGGUUAAGGGAUGUCACAAGUUAGUUUUGCAAAGUGUAAUUCACAAGUCCUGCCUCAGAGUAAAACUUCAGUUUUUCCACACACCAGGCUAUCCUCACACUGCUCCGCUUUAUCUGCCACUUUCAGCUUGUCAAAGGAACAAUAUCAAGUCAGGUGCUAGUCAUGUCAGAACCAUAUUUACUGUAUAUGUGGGACUAUUGUGUGUAACAGGUGUUGAGUAGUGGGUUAUGGGAGUGCAUUGCUUUGUGUUUCUUAUUGCACACAGACUUGCGUGCUCCAUUAUAUUAAUUUGCUGCCUGAAUUAAAGGCUGAUCUGUGUUUACUUUGCCUUAUCUGUUAGCUAGUUUGUACCUCAUGUAUGCAGCAAAAUCUACCAGAGAUGGUUAUCUGUUCAGUUUGCUGUAUUGUUUGUUUGUUUGACUACAUGUGCAACAAAAACAAAAAAAACAACAAAAAAAAAAUACACAAGUGUGUUGACUUUAGACAUGCGCUGUACAGCAUUUGAAAGACAAGUCCCUAAAAACACUACACAGACUGGCUUUUCUGUAGUAAUGAACUUUAGAGAGAACCCAGCAUAAGCCAAUUUGUCAUAAUCAAAUAUUCAUGACAUUUCAGAGCCCAUUACAUUGGAACAUGUGAUAGUAAUUCCACAGAAUUGUUGCAUUUACCACAGAUUAUAUCUAGAUUACAGGAGUUCACUGAAUUGGGUAUGUAUUGAGAGUGCUACACACUACAAGUCAGUUGUGGCACCAUGCUUCAAAUUCAAACCUCUGAUGUUGUCUGUGAAACAUAACAAACUUGGCCAUUGUCCUCUUUCAAAUUAAACUGUUCAUUUUUGACAUCAUUGAUUUUGUACAGGUAGAAUAACUACCUUUCACUCCCACCAUUGCUUACAGAAAGAUGACCAGUCUGAUUACCAUCUGGAUGAUGGUGGUCAAGUUAUGUGUUCUUCUCUUUGCUUGGAGGAAGAAUGUGAACUGUGAAUGUGUUUGAGUCUCUUGAUAUUUUUUGAAAGAAGCCUUGUUUUUAAAAUUUAUAUUGCUGACAUUGUUUGAGGGAUAAUCCUUGGGGCCCCACGUUUGGCUGUGUUGUACCCAACUUUUAUUUUUUAUCCACUGUACUCAGACAUUUCAAUGGAAAAGGAGUGUGGAGUUUGUAGUAUGUAAUUACAGUCCUUGUGGUAUCCUUGUUAAUCUUUAAACCGUACAUCCGUGAUAAUAAUACCAUAGAAUUUCACAAAUCUAUGCAUUCAGAUUACCAUUGCAUCAGAAAAGCAUCAUGUUGUUGCAAUAUUCAGCCGGUAAACCACCAGUACACGUGUCUGAAAACCUGGCGAGCAUGACGAAGACUUUAAGGACCAUUGGGGGUUUUGCACAAGGAUUCAGUGGGCUCAAGGGCUUGUUUCUCCCCUUGCAAAUUGUGGAAUGGAUGCGUGGAUGGAUUUUGUGAAAAUGUCAACUGUUUAGCUAUUUAAGAUGUAUUUACUCUUUGAAAAUGUGGCAAAUGUAUUGCAGGACAGGAAUAAAGAUGUCAAGAUGAAA